AUGCCUACAAAUUCCUACACAACACACCCUGAUAGACAGUCGAUAAAUUCCAUAGACGACGAUGACGAUUUAGAGCUGGAGGAGCUUGGGGUGCACUCGAGUCCGAGAUUCGGUGAUAGCGAUGGACAUCGGAGGCCUUCAGAUGGAUCACGCUGGUAUAGUCCUGCGAUCUCAUUGAAGAAGUUACGGCAGAAGACACCGAAACGGCCCUGGGAACGGGAUAUAAGGCAGAGCGGAGAAGAUGAUGACCUGGAUGGUCUGCUUUACGACCAGGAGCAUGAAGAGGCCCAUCUCUCUCAUGCAACAAUAAGUUCUGCCGAUGACGACUCACCUCUCCUUACAACCGGACAACGGCGGCCGCUGUCCCGACAGUCAUCUGGCCAAGCUCGUUCAGGCCUGCGGUCCAGGCUCGGACUUCCAAUUUUUGGCAACCGUAGCUUGGCCAGAGAAGGGAUGCUCGACCGUUUCAAGCGCCCCGGAUCUACCCAGACUGCUAACACUGUCCCUCCCCGCGAGAUAUUGGUUGGCCAGGUACAAAAAUCCCGAUACCCGCCUAACGUCGUGUCAAAUGCGAAAUAUACCCCCUGGAGCUUUCUCCCACGUACUCUAUAUAACGAGUUUUCUUUCUUCUUCAAUAUUUAUUUUCUACUUGUGGCUUUAUCUCAAACUAUUCCCAUUCUGCGUAUUGGCUAUAUAUCCUCUUACAUUGCGCCGCUUUCGUUUGUCGUCUUCAUUUCUCUUAGCAAAGAAGCGCUAGAUGACAUCUCUCGUCGUCGAAGGGAUGCAGAAGCAAAUUCGGAGGAAUACAGCGUAUUAUCCUUUGAUCGGUCAUCUUUACGAACCCCUGGCUUGACAUCCUCGAAGGGUCAAGCGCCCAGGUGGCCAGAGCCUGUUGAAAUUACCAAAAAGUCCAGGGAUCUCAAAGUUGGUGACAUUUUGAAAAUCGGAAAGGAUCGUCGUCUCCCAGCAGACGUCAUCAUCCUGAAAUCUCUACCAACCGAUUCAUUAUCGAGCUCUCAGCGCGAUGUCGAGUACUUCGUGCAUGCUAAUAGUGAAGAAGAACACGGAACUCCAGAGACUAAUGAAGAUGGUGAAUUGUCAGAGGCAGCUGGUUCUGCGGAGACGUUCAUCAGAACCGAUCAACUGGACGGUGAAACGGAUUGGAAAUUGCGGCUUGCAUCACCUCUCACCCAAAACCUAGCCCUUCCCGAGCUUAAUAGGAUACGCAUAACCGCCAGUUCUCCAGCAAAAAACGUUAACGAAUUCGUUGGAAAAAUCGAACUUGCACAGUUACCAUCAGAAUCCUAUGAUCCGGCGGCUGAACAGAGUGGGAAACAGGACGAACAUUCGCCUCAGCUUCAGUCAGCUCCACUUAGUAUCGAUAAUGCUGCUUGGGCCAACACCGUACUCGCCUCCAAUACGGUUACCUACGCAGCUGUUAUUUACACCGGCUCGCAAACCAGGUCCGCCUUGUCGACCUCCGCAUCCCGUUCAAAGGUUGGGUUGCUGGAGCACGAAAUAAACAGCCUCACGAAGAUUCUUUGUGUUCUCACCUUGACAUUGUCGGUCACGCUGGUGGCGUUGGAAGGAUUCGAACCCACCAACGAUAAGGAGUGGUAUAUUGCUAUUAUGAUUUAUCUUAUUCUUUUCUCCACCAUUAUUCCAAUGAGCUUGCGAGUGAACCUUGACAUGGCAAAAACAGUUUAUGGACGGUUUAUAGAGAGGGAUAAGGGGAUACCUGGAACAAUUGUGCGAACAAGUACAAUCCCGGAGGAUCUCGGAAGAAUUGAGUACCUCCUGUCAGAUAAAACUGGUACUCUGACUCAAAACGAGAUGGAACUGAAAAAGAUUCACGUUGGUACAGUGUCGUACGCUAAUGAAGCAAUGGAGGAGGUUGCAUCGUUUGUUCGACAGGGAUUCUCGGCCUCUGCAUCAGCUGGUGGAAAUGAACUGUUAUCAUUUACCAAUGUAUCGGCACAGCCGAGCUCAGGGCCAGCAACCAGAACAAGACGUGAAAUCAGUUUGCGUGUUAGGGACUUGAUCCUUGCGCUAGCACUCUGCCACAAUGUCACACCGACAAAAGAAGAAGAAAAUGGCGAAGUCGUAACAACUUACCAAGCUUCAUCCCCUGAUGAGAUUGCCAUUGUUAAAUAUACAGAGGAAGUGGGACUUAAGCUGUCUCAUCGAGACAGGCAGUCCAUCGUUCUUACUGUUGGUGACUCUGGUAUAUCUAUUAAAGCCAAGAUUCUGGAAAUUUUCCCAUUCACGUCAGAAAGCAAAAGAAUGGGAAUUAUAGUCCAGUUUUCAACGGAUCAUUAUCAAGGCUGCCCAACACAACUACAGAAUGAAAUCUGGUUUUUUCAGAAAGGUGCCGAUACCGUGAUGUCGUCCAUUGUGUCAGCAAAUGACUGGCUUGACGAAGAGACCGCCAACAUGGCACGAGAAGGAUUACGAACAUUGGUAAUUGGAAGAAAGAAACUCCCCUCUGAACACUAUAGUGAAUUUUCUAAGAGUUACAAAGAAGCUUCAAUGUCUCUCAAUGACAGAGACAGUCUAAUGGCAAGGGUGGCUCGAGACUAUCUUGAACAAGAUCUAGAGCUGCUAGGUGUCACAGGAGUCGAAGACAAGCUACAGAAGGAUGUAAAACCUUCACUGGAAUUGCUUAGGAAUGCGGGCAUUAAAAUAUGGAUGCUUACCGGAGACAAGGUUGAAACUGCCCGUUGUGUUGCUGUAUCCUCUAAGCUUGUCUCUCGUGGUCAAGUUAUCAACACAGUCACAAAACUUAAGAAUAUGGACGCGGCAAAUGAGGCCUUGGAUUUCCUCCGCAAUAAAACCGAGUCCUGUCUUCUAAUUGACGGGGAGUCGCUUGGCCUCAUGCUUUCUCAAUUCCGGAUACCCUUUAUAACGCUUGCUGUACGUCUUCCUGCCGUCAUUGCCUGCCGAUGCUCUCCAAUUCAAAAGGCCGAGAUAGCAACUUUGAUCAGACAACAUACCAAGAAACGCAUUUGUUGCAUAGGGGACGGCGGCAACGAUGUGUCUAUGAUCCAGGCCGCCGAUGUUGGGAUCGGAAUCGUCGGGAAAGAGGGGAGACAAGCUUCCCUUGCUGCUGAUUUUAGCAUCACGCAUUUCCACCAUCUUACCAAGCUUCUAUUCUGGCACGGGCGUAACUCUUACAAGAGAUCUGCUAAGCUAGCUCAAUUCGUCAUGCAUCGUGGUUUGAUAAUAAGCGCCUGUCAAACUAUGUUCAGCAUUGCAAGCCACUUUGACCCCAAAGGCUUGUUUAUAAACUGGCUACUUGUGGGCUAUGCGACAAUAUAUACUAAUGCUCCUGUGUUUUCACUUGUUCUUGACCGUGAUGUCGACGAAGGCCUAGCAAAUUUAUACCCCGAGUUGUAUAAAGAGUUAAAAUCCGGGAGAAGUCUCAGCUACAAAUCGUUCUUCACUUGGGUUCUUGUCUCUGUUUACCAGGGUGCCGUCAUAGAAGGUCUCGCUCAAAUUCUCGUCGGUGAAAUCACUGGGCCUCGGCUCGUCAGCGUCUCAUUCACUGCCCUGGUAUUGAAUGAACUCAUUAUGGUUGCUGUUUCUAUUACCACAUGGCAUCCGGUUAUGAUAAUGUGCAUUGUAGGCACCGCCAUAGUCUACGGUACUUCUGUUCCAUUCCUUGGAGACUACUACGAUCUUGCAUAUGUUGUUACAUGGGGAUGGGCCUGGAAAGUAUCCGCUAUCUGUGCUGUUUCGCUUAUACCAGUCUGGGCCGUGAAAUUGAUAAGCCGUACCUGGAGCCCACCAAGCUAUCGCAAAGUCCGCGGCUGA